UUACAAGCUAUUGGUCAGGUUGCAAGUUAGGUCCAGUUGUUUGUUCUCUGCCAUCACUCAAUUAUUUGAGGCUGAUCUCCUCCACAACUUGGAUCCUUUCCCUUUCAUUUUUGUUUCUCUUUUUCUUCAAUGGAGGAUAUGCUUAUGUUGCAGCUAAGCUGAAGAGGUUUUUGUAGAAAUUAACAUGGAAAUGCUUUUAGAACUCAGUUCCAGAUGAUUAUUUUGCUGACAAGUUUAAAAGAUAUUUCUACAAAUUAAGAUGGAAAUGCUUUCAGAGCCGAGCUCCAAGGAAGGGGAUGAGCAGUUGAAGCCUGAGUACAAGCAUAAGCAGUCAUCACUUAACCUUCGGGGCCUCUCCAAGCUCAUACUUCCUCCCCUUGGUGUUGCAGGCUACAAUCAGAGCUCGUCAGGAGAUCUAUGCAAAAAUAUUAUUUCACCGUUAGAUUCAAAAUAUAGGUGCUGGGAGACAUUUAUGGUGAUAUUGGUGGCUUACUCUGCGUGGGUUUACCCCUUUGAGGUUGCCUUUAUGGAAGCAGUUGCAAAAGGUGGUCUUUGCAUUGCUGAUACCAUUGUGGAUCUCUUCUUCGCAAUCGACAUAGUUCUGACGUUCUUUUUGGGUUACAUCGACUCGAGAACGCAGAUGCUUGUUUGUGAACCUAAGAAAAUUGCCAUCAGGUAUCUGUCCUCUUGGUUCAUUAUGGAUGUGGCAUCAACAAUCCCUUUUGAAGGUUUAGGCUAUUUGUUCACUGGAAAAGUCAAGUCAGGGCUCUCUUACAGUGUUCUGGGCAUCUUAAGACUAUGGCGUCUUAGGAAGAUAAAGCAGUUCUUCACAAGGCUUGAGAAGGAUAUCAGAUUCAGCUACUUCUGGAUAAGGUGUACAAGACUCAUAUUUGUUACAAUAUUCUUAGUGCACUGUGCAGCUUGUCUCUACUACCUGCUGGCAGACCGAUAUCCACAUCAAGGAAAAACAUGGAUAGGUGCAGCUAUACCAAAUUUCCGAGAGGCAAGCCUGUGGAUUCGCUACAUAUCUGCUCUUUACUGGUCUAUUACUACCAUGACUACCGUUGGCUAUGGCGACCUUCAUGCUGUGAACAUAACAGAAAUGAUCUUCAACAUAUUUUACAUGCUAUUCAACCUGGGUCUCACUGCGUACUUGAUAGGGAACAUGACUAAUUUAGUUGUUGAAGGAACCCGAAGAACAAUGGAAUUUAGGAACAAUAUACAAGCUGCUUCUAAUUUUGUAUGUCGGAACCAUUUACCACCCAGAUUGAAACAACAAAUAUUGGCCUAUAUGUGCCUCAGGUUCAAAGCUGAGAGCUUAAACCAACAACAUUUGCUAGACCAAUUGCCCAACUCAAUACGCAAAAACAUCUGCGAGCAGCUUUUCCUCCCUACUGUGAAGGAUGUCUAUCUUUUUAAGGGAAUCACAAGAGAAAUGCUCCUUCUUCUGGUUACACAGAUGAAAGCUGAGUAUAUUCCCCCCAAAGAAGACAUCAUCAUGCAAAGCGAAGCACCAGAUGACGUGUACAUUAUAGUUUCAGGUAAAAUUGAGAUAAUACACUCUGAAGAAGAGAGAGAACAAAUCGUAGGAACAUUAACCACAGGAGAAAUAUUUGGGGAAGCUAGUGCUCUCACUAACAGGCCUCAGAGCUUUACUUUCCGUUCUAAAACUCUGUGUCAACUGUUGAGGUUAAAGAGGAACACACUCAAAGAAGCUAUGAAAGCAAAACAAGAAGAUAGCAAUGCUAUAAUAAAGAACUUGUUGAAGCAUCAAAUCGAAUGUAGAAAUUUUAGCUUUGAGGAUUUAAUAGGAGAAAAUGGUGAACGUGCUGAAUCUACAAUACCUUGCAAUAUUCUAACAGUGACUGCCACUGGAAAUAGUUGUUUCCUUGAGGAACUCCUGAAAGCUGGAAUGGAUCCAGAUGUUGGCGACUCUAGAGGAAGGACUCCAUUGCACAUAGCAGCGAUUGAAGGAUAUGAAGACUGUGUUUUGGUGCUACUGAAGCAUGGGUGUAACAUAAACAUACAAGACAAGGAUGGAAAUACUGCCUUAUGGCUAGCAAUUACGACAAAGCAUAAGAGAAUUUUCAAUCUAUUGUAUCAUUUCGCCUGCACGUCCAAUCCAAAUGCCGGAGGUGAACUCAUUUGUCUUGCAGCAAAAAGAAAUGAUCUUUCCACAAUCAAAGAAAUUUUGAAGCAAGGCUUGAAUAUAGAUUCUACUAACUAUGAGGGGCUGACAGCCUUGGAAGUUGCCUUAGCUGAAAAGCAGGUAGAGGUAGCGAGGUUUCUGAUUAUGAAUGGAGCAAACAUAGAAAAUGUAAAUAUUCAUGGAAGAGAUGCAAUUCCAAAGGGCGAGCUUGAAGAAAUGGUAAAGAAGCGGGAAAUUGGCUACCCAAUAACGAUAUUCGAAUCACCGGAGGUGUUCAAGAAAAAAAUGAUAUAUGGGGACGACGGUGGAAGUGUUAAAUUGAGAGAGAGAAGUGUAAUUUGUCCCAGGGCCAGUGUGUAUAGAGGCCAUCCGAUGCUUAGGAAUCCAACCUCAGAAGCAGGAAAGCUGAUAAAUUUGCCAAGCACAAUGGAGCAGCUCAAGGUUAUCAUUGGUGAGAAGUUUGGAAUUGCUGCCAGGAAUGUCAAAAUAACAAAUGAUGAAGGAGCGGAGAUAGAUUCUAUUGAAGUAAUUCGAGAUAAUGAUAGGUUGUUCAUAGUUCAGGAUUAAGAUUUCAUCAGAAAAGAUGGCUUUAUGCUAUAAUACAGAUUUAGCUCCUCCUCGCUUUUCCUGCCCUCUAAAGAUUUUGCUCGUAUUUCUAGAAGUUUAUAUCUCUAUUUCAAAAUGUAAAAGGACCAUAACGACAAUAUCCUUCUCACAGUAAUAUUGUGAAUAAGGUCUUAAUGAUGUAGAAAUUGUUGAAUUCAAAGUUGUUGAUAGAGAAUAA